CUUCUUCCUUCUAGUGAGUACCGACUUCGGGAUCCUCGAUGUGACAGUCUGUCCUCGACAACCAUUUGCUACUGCCCGUCUCGCCCUCUAGCGUCCUCGACGCCUCCCUGCCCCGUCUUCUCCGCCCUCCUCCUUCCCCCCCGUCAUGGCCGAGAGUCUGGGGAAGAAAGAGCGGAGAAAAAGCCUGAGCGUCUUCAGUCCGUCGUCGUUGACGACGACGGCAGCGGCGACCUCCCUGACCGGCCCCGCGGCCCAUGAACGAUCGCCCUCGGAUGACGCCCAGGUCCUGAAAAAGAAAACGCGACGCAACUCGGGAUUCUUUGGGGUCCGGAACCCCAGUCCCCCGAGAGCCACGCCCACCCAUAGCUUGCGUCGGCCCGGGACCGCCGAUUCGGAGUCGGCCACCUGCGUGACGGCCUUGCCUCCGGUGGCUCUCGAGGGGCCCCGUUCCCGACGCAAGUCGCUGCAAAAGCGACGGACCUCCGUAUUUGGAUCGCUUCGGUCGCUGCAUUCACAAGAAGACGAUGACCGGUCGCUGAGCCGCUCCAAAGGCUCGUCCCUGGACGAGGAUGCCUCCGAGCUACGACAGGGGAUUGGAUCCAUCAUUCUACACCAUGGCGAGAUACAGAUCACGGGAGGCAUGUGGCGGAAGAAAAGCCAUUACCUGGUCCUGACGGACACGCAUCUUGUCCGAUUCAAGAGCCAGAGCAAAGCCGCCGACAUGUUCCCCUCGAUUCCAGCAUCUUUCUCCCGUUCCGUGGCGGCCAACCGCCAAUCUGUCGCCUCGAUCAGUUCGUUACAAGAUCCGCAGCUGUCCGCAGCGAGUGACUCCAUUUCCGGAAUUGCGUUGAACAGCAUCAUUGCGGUCUACAUGUUGGACGAUGGCAGACCGUCGUCGACGGUGGAGGUGGCCUAUGUGGAUGAACGGGCGCAAAAAGCCACGUUCAUCCAAAUGCAGACCCCCGAUUUUCAAGAAUUAAACCUGUGGAUGGUGGGCAUUCGCUCAGCAGCUGAAUUGAUCCGCGGGGCCGACCCGCUGAUCUUUGAUCAGAAGACGGUCGAUUGUGUGGCCAGGAUGCUCGACUACGAGCGCGACUACGAGCCGGAGACCUUUCGCAUGUUCCGGGUGAUACAAAUGGCGUCUAGCAAAUCCCCGACACGAGCAUCGUCGGAGGAUCUCACCAAGCUGUCCCCGACUGGUUGUUAUCUCGCCUUAGGAUCGCACAAACUCCACCUGGUCCCGUUGCACAAGAUCUCCAGUCGCAGCUCGGUCGUAUCCCUGAGUGACCUGGAUGCUGCAACGUCAUUCGGCCUAAUGAAUCUGACAUGUCUUUCUAUGGAAUGGGGCGACGACAGUCUACAUUUAACGUUCCGUGUUCCGACACGGAAACCAUUCUCAGUCUUUUUAGCAUCGGUGCAUUCGCUGGAGAUUGCCUUUUGGAUUAGGCAACAGACGGAAUUUCUGCGUCCUUUGUGGAUUAAACAGCCCUACGACUUCAUCGUCCCCCGUGACCUCGAUAACGAAAACAACUUUCCUCCGGUGAGCCUGGAUGAAGAUUAUGGUUGUUUCGAUCGAACCUUGGUCGCCUACUCGGCCAGCUACGACGUUGAUACUUCAAACAUUCGCUACACGAUUGACGUACAGUGUGAUGAUGCCCCAUGUUUCAGGCUCCUGCCGCCCGCCUCUACUCGCCAGAGGAAAUAUACAGCUCUAGAGUUGAUAGCCGUCCUCCGAGCGCUUCGGUACAACGAAUCCUUCCGUUCCAUCUCCUUCAGUGGUGUUAGCUUGGACGUCCUGCAAAGUUUACGCGACGUCUAUGGCCCGGACAAAGAUGCUCUUCUGAGCCGUGCAGGAGCACCCAUUCAUAUCCCCGGCCAGGAGAAUCUGUCAGUCCUGUCCCAAGAAGUGCGUGCGUUGACUUUGAAGAGCAAGUGGCUCCGACGCCUGGACUUCUCCUAUACUCUCAGUCGAAUUCCCAAGUCGGAUAGUGAAAGCCAUGAUCCAGGAUGUGGGAUACCGGAAGCGAUUUUUCCCAUCUGUCGACGUGAGCUGACUAGUGUUGAUUGGGUGGUGUUGAAUGGAAUCAAAUUGGGUGACUCUGACCUCGACUAUCUCGUAGAUGCAGCAUCUCAAAGGUCUAGUCAUAUGCGGGCGUUGGAGGUUGGUAACUGUGGUUUGUCUGUCCACGAUCUUGACCUACUCCUUUCCACAGUUAUCGCGCAGUCGCCGACUCUCGAGGCGAUGAACAUCUCCGGCGUGCAAGGCCGCCUGAGCCCUGACAUUCUCCAACAGUACCUCGGCUACUUCAGUCAGAUCAAAACGCUCGAUUUGUCGCGUAUUUCCCGCACGUCAGGCUCGGAUCCGCUCCUCACACCCGAGACAUUAAUCAAUUGGCGUCUGGAAGAGCUCUCGUUGAGUCGGACGGUCGUGAAUCGCGAGACUGUCGAUGCUAUAGCCACUUAUCUGGCCAGCGAUCGGUCCCGGGGUCUGCGGGUGCUUCGACUAGAUCAAUGCGGGCUCAGCGGCCAGGAUGUCGCCAUCUUCCUGCAUUCGAUGACAACCGGCGGUUUCCCUCGAGAUCUGCAUCUCCAUGUCAAUGAGAACCGACUCGAUCAAGGCUGCUCGUACCUUUUCGAUGCCAUCGCUCAAAACAAGACACCCACUCAUCUGUCAAUGCGAAUGAUCGACUUUAAGAAGGAGGAGCAGUUUCAGGAGUUGGUCGAGGCCUUGCGCAAGAACCGGACGUUGAAGUAUUUGGACAUUUCCAAAGCUUCCCUCCCGUAUGAUGCCGGGCCCGAGACGUGCAAGUUGCUUCAGCUCAUGUUCGAGGAGAACGAGACGUUGGAAGACUUGGAUAUCGGUGGAGAAAGCGCUCAUCUGGAUGUUGCCCGGUUCGGAAUCGGCCUGAAUUUGGCCCUGACAGGUCUGAAAAAGAACAAGUCCUUGCGAGUCCUCAGGAUCGAGCAUCAGAAACUGGGCCUCCAGGGCGCAAAUACCUUGGCAUCGGUGCUUGAAGACAACGACUGCCUUCGUGAGGUCUACUGUGAAAACAACGACAUCAAUCUGCAGUCCUUCACCGUCCUCGUCAAUGGACUGCAGCGAAACAAAUCUUUGCUGAGCCUGUCGUAUAUGGACCGGGACAGAAUCCAGUCCCUUGAGCGGGUGCGGCGCGAGAUUCGGAACGUGAAGCGGGAUGUGAGUCUUGCGCAGAGCUCCGCCACCAGCUCCAUUCGUCGCUCUCUACAUGCAGCCAUCAAUAGUAAAAGUGGGAGCAAGUCGUCUAAACAACAGCAUGCAUCGAGCCAUCGCUCGGGCACCCCGGUGCCCUCAGGUACGAGUGCUUCUGCCGAAACCUCUCCUCUCAUGCAGCAAGACGUGGAAGUUAUUCUCCAGUCGUUAAGCCGUAAAUGGGAUAGCGAGGUGGUCCGUCUACGUCGAUAUUUGUUCCGGAAUUACAAUCUGGCUCAUGGUAUCGAAGACGAUAUGGUCGGAUUUGACGAUGAUACUUCUAGUGAUGGGCGCCCCGCCACUGCCACAAGCCUGGGGAUGAUGCUGGACAAUAUGAAGUUAGAUGUGACUGUGUGUGAAGAUGAAAUUCAACCUGCACCGCAUGAUCCCGCGCAGCUGCCGCCGGAAAUCGAGCCGAUGAGCCCGAAAGAUCACCUGGAGAUGUUCAAGGGCCUUGAGGUCGAGAGCAGCUUGGUCGCUGAGCUCCGACAACGCCCGCAGACGGCACCAUUCUCAUUGCCGGGCCAUUCCCCUCACAUGUUACCAUCAGAAUAUCCCGGUUCCGGCGGCUCAUCCUCCUCACGCCUGGGGGUGCCAGUGCCUGCUAUACCAUCCACGGUCAGCAAAUCCAGCAGCGUCCGCAGUGCCCGCAGCUCCAGCACGGUCUCUUCCAGUACUAGGGCUAGUGCGCGGAGUACGUAUGGGACAGCCUCCUCCACUCUGCGUGGUUUUCUUAGUUCAAGUGCCUCAAAAGAACGCAAGAAACUGGAGAAGAUGAAGUCUGGCGCAGUGUGUGUUUCAACGGACAGACCACCUAAGCUGGAGUGGGCGCCCCCUCAGCUUGAUCUGGGCAAUUUCCGAUAGCCCUCCGCUGGGGUG